UAGGCCCUGGGUACUAUUACCCUCAAUGACGCCACUGUUUGCCACCAAACUCAUGUAAAGGCAUGUUCACCUCAGGUGGAGUCAUGUGCAUCAGAUGGGUGUGUGCAGUAUGUGCGUACUGUUUUCCAAAACUGUUGGCAUUAUGUGACGUUGGUUAAAUAGCACCGCUGCCCUUUUUGUUCAGUGCGUUCAAGAUUCAUCUCCAGACCAAACUCAGGAAUUCCACAGAGAGAGGCCACAUAAAAGAGGGAAUACUGGGAACAAUGGAAACACUGGGAUUACUGGACUACUGGAAUACUGUCACUUCAACCUUCUGCUGAUUCCACAUUAUAAAGAAAAGUUUUAGAGGAGCUACGACUCAAAGUGAAAAUGACUUUAAGGUAACUUUCGAGACUGAGGAACUUAAUCUGUCUGCUGCGUUUUCUGCGUCACACAGAGACAAAAUGUUUUCUCAAUCAGAAAACGAUCUCUCCUGUCCCAUCUGUCAUGACGUCUUUACAGAUCCAGUUGUCCUGACAUGCAGCCACAGCUUCUGUAAAGAAUGUGUGCAGAACUGUUGGAGAGAGAAACAAACUCAGGAAUGUCCAGUUUGUAGGGAAACACAUUUAUUGAUUGAUCCUCCUCGUAACUUGGCAUUAAAGAACCUGUGUGAGGCCUUCUUACUGGAGAGAGAUCAGAGAGCUUCAGCAGGGUCUGAGGCUCUCUGCAGUCUGCACUCUGAGAAACUCAAACUCUUCUGUCUGGACCAUCAGCAGCCAGUGUGUGUUGUCUGCAGAGAUUCAAAAACACACAACAAUCACAGAUUCAAACCCAUUGAUGAAGCUGCACAGGAUCACAAAGAGGAGCUCCAGAAAUCCCUGAAGCCCUUAAAGGACAAACUGAAGCUCUUUAACAAAGUUAAAGGAAACUGUGAUGAAACAGCAGAACACAUUAAGGUCCAGGCCAGAGACACAGAGAGACAGAUUAAGGAGCAGUUUAAGAGGCUUCGACAGUUUCUACAAGAGGAAGAGGAGGCCAGGAUCGCUGCUCUGUGUGAGGAAGAGGAUCAGAAGAGUCAGAUGAUGAAGGAGAAGAUUGAGAGUCUGAGCAGAGAGAUAGCAGCUCUUUCGGACAUAAUCAGAGCCACAGAGGAGGAGCUGAGAGCUGAAGACGUCUCAUUCCUGCAGAUCUACAAGGCUGCAGUGGAAAGAGUCCAGCAGCGCCCCCUGCUGGAUGAUCCAGAGCUGGUCUCAGGAGCUCUGAUAGAUGUGGCCAAACACCUGGGCAACCUGACCUUCAACAUCUGGAACAAGAUGAAGGAGAUGGUCUCCUACACUCCUGUGAUUCUGGAUCCAAAUACUGCUCAGCCAAAUCUCAUCCUGUCUGAAGAUCUGACCAGUGUGAGACGUGGAGAGAAACAGAAGCUUCCUAAAAACCCAGAGAGGAUUGAUAAUUACUCCUGUGUCCUGGGCUCUGAGGGCUUUAACUCAGGGACUCACAGCUGGGACGUUGAGGUUAGACAUGAUAAAUUCUGGGGUGUGGGUGUGGUAAAUGAAUCUGUUGGAAUCAAGGGACAAAUAGCAGCUGGAUACUGGGAAAUAAGUCUCCUUAAUGGAAAAUACACAGCAGUCUCUCCGCCACUCUCUGAUAAAGUUCUCUCAGUGAAGCAGAAGCUGCAGAGGAUCAGAGUUCAUCUGGACUGGAACAGAGGAAAACUGUCAUUCUCUGAUCCUGAUACUAACACACACAUACACACCUUCACACACACCUUCACUGAGAGGCUGUUUCCUUACAUCGGCACCAUGAAUGAACUCCCACUGAAGAUAUUACCAGUAACAGUCUCUGUAACAGUGGAACAGCUCACAGUCCCUUCAUUUACAGGCUUGUGGCCUGGUCCCUUCAGGUCCUAGAUGGGCUUACCAUGUAAUACUUUCAAGUUAAAUAGGGCUGCUCAGAACUGCCAUCAUUUAGCAUCUUAGUUGUCAAAGAAACCAGAGAAAUGCUACAGGAGGCCUCGGCACAGAGAGAGAGAAAAGAUCCACAAUCUGGAGGAAUCUGGAAAAAGACAGAGGAGAGAAGGUGGAAACCAGACCUGAUCAUCGCCUACCUGACCUGCAUGUGUCCAAUACCUGGCAUGACAUCACCAUAAGACAGUCAAAGGCCCAAAGGAGGAAAGGAACAUCAUAGAGGAUGAAGCAGUAAGAGGAGUGAGGUAUUGAUUUAAAAAGAUGAUUUGUAAUGCUCAGGGUAUACAAAAUGAUUAUCAGGGAAAAAAAUGAUAAUUGGUAUUAACCAUGAAAUGGAAUUAUCUAUACAUGAUUGUAUUGUGACUGUGAUACAUAUCAAGCAAACAAGCAAAGUGUAUGUAUAUCUGUUUUAUAUAAUUGUAAAUGGAAUAUUUUGGGGUUUUAGACAAAACAAGACAUUUGAAGAUG